AUGUCUCGAAGAGGCGAUUGGGUCUAUGAGAACAAUGGAGGGACUUGCGUGGCGAUCGCCGGAGCGGACUACUGCGUCGUUGCAGCCGACACCAGGUUGUCCACCGGCUAUAGCAUAUACACCCGUGACUACUCCAAGAUCUGCAAGCUUGCCGAUAAAUGCGUUUUGGCAUCAUCUGGUUUCCAAGGGGAUAUAAAAGCUCUUCAGAAGAAUUUGUCAGCAAGGCACUUAAUUUAUCAGCAUCAGCAUAAUAAACAAAUGAGCUGCCCUGCAAUGGCUCAGCUUCUCUCCAAUACACUUUACUACAAGCGCUUCUUUCCGUACUAUGCUUUCAAUGUCCUAGGUGGUCUUGACAAUGAAGGAAAGGGCUGUGUGUUCACCUAUGAUGCUGUUGGAUCAUAUGAGAGGGUUGGCUAUAGUUCACAAGGGAGUGGAUCCACACUUAUCAUGCCUGUUUUGGACAAUCAGUUGAAAUCCCCUAGUCCUCUCCUGUUACCUGCAAAGGACUCUGUGACACCUCUUUCAGAAAUGGAAGCAGUUGAUUUGGUGAAAGAUGUGUUUGCAUCUGCUACUGAAAGAGAUAUCUACACUGGGGAUAAGUUAGAAAUCGUCAUUAUAAAUGCAUCAGGCAUUCGGCAUGAAUUUAUGGAACUCAGGAAAGACUAACUUUAUGACAAGUUACUGGAUGGUUGGCAGAGCUGGAAAUCAUCAUGACUAUUAAUAUCUGAAACAUUUGGUAAACUUGAUAUGUCACAGCUUGUUUAUAAGGACAAUCUGUGUCAUAUUUUCAUUUCGGGUUUGCAUUAUGAACCUUUCUUUUACAUAAAUUUAAAAUGCUGGAUUUUGGGAAUAGUUUCAUGAUUACACGUGAUUCAUUCCUAUGUUCCUGGCAUUAUUUAUGGCCAUGUGAUGCAUUACUGAGGUCCUGCCUCGAAACAAUUUGCUACAAAAUGCUAUCACAUUGAUUUCUUGCAAAAGUGGUAUGAUUUUGUUUCUUAUAAAGGUA